AUGAAAAUGAACUUGUCUGAGAAGCAGCGCGAUGAAUUAAAUCGCGCAAUUGCCGAUUAUCUUCAGUCUUACGGUUACAGUGAAUCAUUAGACGCUUUCAGACGAGAAACAGGAUUGAUACAAAAUGAUGAUAAAAAAGUUACGGGUUUAUUGGAAAAAAAAUGGACUUCAGUUGUUCGUUUACAAAAAAAAGUUAUGGAUCUAGAAGCAAAACUUCAAGAAGCAGAACGAGAAUACAUACAUGGAGCACCAACAAGGGAAAAACGUCAGCCUGGAGAAUGGAUCCCACGACCACCGGAAAAAUUUUCGUUAACUGGCCAUCGCUCACCGAUUACUCGAGUUAUAUUUCAUCCUGUUUAUAGCAUAAUUGCAUCAUCUAGUGAAGAUUCAACAAUUAAGGUUUGGGAUUUCGAAACUGGAGAUUUUGAACGGUCUUUGAAAGGGCAUACUGAUGCUGUACAGGACCUCGCAUUUGACACCACAUCAUGUUCUGCUGACAUGGCAAUCAAAAUAUGGGAAUUUGUACAGACAUAUGAUUGUAUGAAAACACUUAAGGGACACGAUCACAAUAUUUCAUCAAUUGCAUUCCUCCCAUCAGGCGAUUAUUUAUUAUCGGCUUCACGCGAUCAUUUAAUAAAGAUGUGGGAAGUAGCAACGGGUUAUUGCGUCCGAACAUUUGCUGGGCAUAGCGAAUGGGUACGAAUGGUGCGAGUGCACCAUGAAGGGAAUAUAUUCGCAUCUUGUAGUAAUGAUCAGACAAUCUGCAUAUGGAAUACAUCAUCAAAAGAAUGUAAAAUGCAAUUUUUCGAUCACGAACAUGUUGUUGAAUGUAUUCAGUGGGCUCCUGAAAUAGCUCACCGUUAUAUUGCCGAAGCUGAGCAAGAUAAUUCAUUACAAAUAAAUGGCGAUGCAAAAAAAGGUGAAAUCUUGGUUCCGCCGAAAAUUGGACCAGUCCUUGUCUCUGGUUCUCGAGAUAGAAUGAUCAAAUUCUUUGAUAUCUCUGCGGGGUGCUGCUUGUUUACUUUGAUUGGCCACGAUAAUUGGGUUAGGGGAUUACGAUUUCAUCCAGCUGGUAAAUACCUAUUAUCAGUAGCAGAUGACAAAACUCUCCGUGUAUGGUCAAUUUCACAUAAACGUUGUACCAAAACGUUGGAUGCUCACAAGCAUUUUGUCAGUUCACUUGAUUUCCAUCAAACACUUCCAUAUGUUGUUACUUCUAGUGUCGAUAUGACAAUUAAAGUAUGGGAAUGCCGUUGA